AAAACGAUGGCAGCUGGUUCUGGACGUAAUCCUCCACCCUUUCCCGAUUCUGAGGACCAGGACGCGAGAGAUGGAGACAGCGAUGAUGGAGAGGAUAUAUUCACCGGCAAUAAUAAACCCAUUCUGACCACAUCAGCGCUGAAGCAGUCAACCCCAGACGAAAGGGAACUUUUCAGUGAGGAGGGAUCAUGCACUGCCGUUCAGAGUUCAGACAAAGGACCUCUGGACCUCAAACAGUCCGAUCCCAAAGCAAACGGCGUAGAUUCUGAUGAAGAGCAAGAUUUAUUCUCAGAGGCCACUGUGGAGCUGUCACUGGACUCAGACAGCAGAGAGGGAAAUCAGGUGACAAGAUCCUGCUUUUCAGAACCCAGCAUGGCCCGCCUGCCCAACACAACCAGAAAGUCUAUGGAAGAGAUGAAAGAGGAAGAGAGUGGAGACAAGUUUGAAUUAAACAUUGCCGUCACAAACCCUGAGAAAAUGGGAGAUGGUAUGAAUGCGUACAUGACGUAUAAAGUGUCUACUCAGACCUCACUGCCCAUGUUCAGGAGCAGGACUUUCUCUGUCAGGAGGAGGUUCAGUGAUUUCCUGGGGCUUUACGAGAAGCUGUCUGCCAAACACACCCUACACGGCUACAUCGUGCCUCCGCCCCCAGAGAAAAGUGUCGUAGGAAUGACCAAAGUGAAGGUGGGUAAGGAAGACCUGUCGUCUGCUGCGUUUGUGGAGAGGCGUCGGGCGGCUCUGGAGAGGUACCUCCAGAGGGUCGUCUCCCACCCUUCAUUGAUUCAGGACCCCAAUGUCCGGGAAUUUCUGGAGAAAGAUGAGCUUCCAAGGGCAGUGAACACUCAGGCCCUAAGUGGAUCUGGCUUCCUGAAGAUGAUUAACAAAGCCUCAGACGCAGUCAAUAAAAUGUCCAUCAAGAUGAACGAGGCAGACAAUUGGUUUGAGAACAAGCUGCAGGAGGUAGAGAAUGAGGAGCAGCAGCUGAGGAAACUUCACGCUGUCGUUGACUCUCUCGUCAACCACCGAAAGGAGCUCUGUGGGAGCACGGCGUUCUUUGCGAAGAGCGUGGCAAUGCUGGGCAGUUCUGAGGAUAACACAGCUCUGUCCAGAGCCCUGUCCCAGCUGGCAGAGGUGGAAGACAAAAUGGAACAGCUUCACCAAGAACAGGCCUGCAGCGACUUCUUCAUCUUCGCGGAGCUCCUGGCCGACUACGUCCGUCUCCUGGGCGCCGUGCGGAACUGUUUUGAGCAGCGUAUGAAGACCUGGCAGAAGUGGCAGGACGCCCAGAUCACACUGCAGAGGAAACGAGAGACAGAGGCCAAACUGCUGUGGGCCAGCAAACCAGACAAGUUACAACAGGCGAAAGACGAGAUCUCCGAGUGGGAGGCGAAGGUGACUCAGUAUGAGAGAGAAUUUGAGAGGAUCAGCGUGACCGUCCGUAAGGAGGUGCACAGAUUUGAGAAAGAGAAGGCCAGAGAUUUCAAACAGAGCAUCAUUAAAUACCUGGAGUGUCUUCUACGCUCACAGCAGCGGGUUGUGAAAUGUUGGGAGGCGUUCCUACCUGAGGCUAAAGCGAUUUCGUAA